AUGGUGCGACGGGCGAGCGUGCUCCACAGGAUGUUGCCUCUGAGUGCUCCCCGCUUCCACAUGGCUUGGUUUGCUCAUGCAGGCUUCCAUGAGCACCACGGCAUGCUGAAUGCAACCUUGCGGCACCGUCUCAAAGCUGUGCCCCUCUCCACCACGGCAGCACGAUCUCGUCCACGAGCUAAGCGUCUUCCUGUGGGCUCAAAAGUGUCGGUCGAACAGGCCAGAGCAUCCAGCAAUUUCGUGCUGAACAACCAGCCACGCUUGGCCAGCCGACACGGGCUGCAGCAAGCCGAGCUCACAAACAGCAGCCGGUCCCGCGAUGACAUCGGCAGUCUGAAGGCGGACUUUUCUGCAACGUCUUGA